UAAUGAACGUAGUCAUUACUCUGAACCUAUUAUAAAUACUCAUUAAUAGAAAAGUUGAGUUGAGAUAAUUCGCCGCCCUUCCCAUGUUUAGCUCGAGCGCAAUGAAAUAUAUUUUUAAAUAUCUGAAUCUAAGGGCCACCUCAGUGUUCCACACGGGGCCAUUUGGUCAACGGACCCCAAAAACAAACGAGCUUGCGCUGUUCUCACAAGGAAGUGCAGAGAGAAAUUGAUGCGCUUUUUUCAGCUGAGUUGGCUCAUAUGUCAAAAGCUGGUGAUUUGUUAUUUAUACAGCCUGAGAUAAAUUGUUCCCAAAGUACGCAGUACUAAUCUGCCAGAGGCGACCCGUCAAACCUUUGAAAAUGCCCCGGAGAAAGAGGACCGCAGGCAGCAGCUCGGACGGGACGGAGGACUCGGAUUUUUCCGCCGACCUCGAGCACACGGAAGCUUCCGAGAGUGUGCGCAGGCGCAGCAGCACGCGCCUGACUCGCGCGUCACUGCGCCUCAGCCAGAGCUCGCAAGAUAACUUCAGCUCAGUGCGGAGCAGUUCUCCUGCAGCUACGGGUCCUGAAGAAGGCCAGGAUUCAGCAGCAGCAGCAGCAGCAGCAGCAGUGGCAGCGUCGGUCUUCUCCUCUGGGCGCAGGGUCACACGCAGCCAGCAAGGGGCGACAAACACCACAGCCAAAAAAUACCCGCUGCGUCAGAGCAGGUCAUCUGGCUCAGACACCGAGGCUAAUGACCUGAAGCAGGGAGGGGACCGGGACGAGACCCCUCCUCGCACCCCGACAGGAAACGCCCCAUCCUCAGAGUCAGACAUCGAGGUCUCCAGCCCCAGCAAUGACCACGUGUCCUCUAGCAACGAUGUCGUAGUUUCGCAAGAGGAGGACGAGAGACUGGCCAAAGAGCUGUCACUCAAAGAGGCCGCCGCCCACGACCUUUCCCACCGGCCCAAACGACGGCGCUUCCACGAGAGCUACAACUUCAACAUGAAGUGUCCCACACCUGGGUGCAACUCAUUGGGUCAUCUAACAGGGAGGCAUGAGAGACAUUUCUCCAUAUCGGGAUGUCCUCUUUACCACAACCUCUCUGCUGAUGAAUGCAAGGGCAAGGCAUCGACGCGCGACAAACAGGCCGAAGAAAGGACGCUGUCGCACCGCCAGGACGAGAACAGACACUCCACAAGAAACCAGGCCCCUACAGAGCGUCAGCUGCGCUACAAGGAGAAGGUGACUGAGCUGAGGAGGAAGAGGAACUCUGGCCUCAAUAAGGAGCAGAAGGAAAAGUACAUGGAGCACCAUCAGAGCCACGGAGCAAGCAGAGAGCCGCUGCUGGAGAACAUCACCAGUGACUACGACCUCGAGCUGUUCAGGAAAGCGCAGGCACGUGCCUCGGACGACCUUGAGAAGCUUCGCCUGGCCGGCCAGGUGUCGGAGGGCAGCAACAUGAUAAGGACCAUUGUGUUCGGUCGCUACGAGCUGGACACCUGGUACCACUCUCCAUACCCUGAGGAAUACGCCCGCCUGGGGAGGCUCUAUAUGUGCGAGUUCUGCCUUAAGUAUAUGAAGAGCCAGACCAUUCUGCGCAGGCACAUGGCCAAGUGCGUGUGGAAGCACCCUCCAGGUGACGAGAUCUACAGGAAGGGGAACAUCUCAGUCUUUGAGGUGGACGGAAAGAAGAACAAGAUUUACUGUCAGAACUUGUGUCUGCUGGCGAAACUCUUCCUGGACCACAAGACUCUGUAUUACGACGUUGAACCUUUCCUCUUCUAUGUCAUGACCGAAGCUGACAACACAGGGUGCCAUCUAGUGGGGUACUUCUCCAAGGAGAAGAACUCUUUCCUGAACUACAACGUGUCCUGCAUCCUCACCAUGCCACAGUACAUGAGGCAGGGCUACGGCAAGAUGCUCAUAGAUUUCAGUUACCUGUUGUCCAAGGUGGAGGAGAAGGUGGGUUCACCUGAGCGCCCCCUGUCUGACCUGGGCCUCAUCAGCUACCGGAGUUACUGGAAGGAGGUGCUGCUGCGCUACCUGAACAACUUUCAGGGCAAGGAGAUCUCCAUCAAAGAGAUCAGUCAGGAGACGGCGGUGAACCCAGUGGAUAUUGUCAGCACACUGCAAUCCCUCCAGAUGCUCAAAUACUGGAAGGGGAAGCACCUGGUUUUAAAGAGACAGGACCUUAUCGAUGACUGGAAGGCCAAGGAGACCAAACGUGGUAAUGGCAAGACCAUUGACCCCACAGCCUUAAAAUGGACACCGCCUAAAGGGACGUAGGGGAGCUCCCUCUCACACUCAAAACCCCAAAACACACACAUAUACAGACAGAUUCUGCUCCGUACACUGGCAUGCUCACAGACCCCGAGCCUGAAUCAUGACACACACUCUUGUUCAAAAAGCUUUCAGCAGCUACAGUCAGUCCCUUUCAGAGUCAGCCGUUACUCUGGGUUCAGCAGUCACUGUCAUGGCUCGGGGAAAAAAAAUGCAACAUCAGCUCAACGAUUUGAUGCCUGUCCAGAAUAGAAAACUUUGUUUGGAUAUAUCAUGAAAUUACAACAAAAUGAGGCAAAAUGAAUUAUAAGGAAUGUUUUUAAUGCAUAAAUUAAAAGCUGCCAUCAAGGGAUCAGAGAGGCACUAUUGCAAUAUAGCCGCUUCAGAUGUCCUUGAAUAAACAACCGUAUUCCACUGGCUCUGACUCCCCUAAAAUUACAGUAAUAUAUUACAUUACGGCUUUUUGGGAUUUGGCUACUUACCUUUUUGUAUGGAGCCCCAAAGUGUUCGAUUGACUUAAAUUAAUAAAUAGUUAUGUAAAUAAAUAAUCACAUGAAUAAAUUGGGUAAAAUAUAUAAAUUAAACGGUAAUUUUGUAAAUAAUUUAAGAAAUGAUUCAAACUCAGGGAGAAAAGGGCAGAAAGAAAAUAGAAUGUAAUAAAAAUAAUAUUCAAUAAAAUUCUGUUGUUACGAAAAUGAACGAUGAAAUAACAUUUCAUUAAAAUAAGUUGAGUUUUAAAAGAUUCUUCAGUUAUUUCACACAUUGUUGGUUCAUUUAUCAUUUUUACUCAAUUUAUUUAUGCGAUUAUAUUCAUAUUCAUAAUGUAUUUUUUUUAUUUAUUUAAUAUUGAACACUUCCAUAGAAGAGAAGCAGAUAUACAUCAUUUAUAUUUUGGGUUUCAGGCUCCAACUAAGAUUGUUACGUAAAGCGUGACUAAAAUUCAAAUGAAUGAGAAACGUAACAGCCGGUGAUGUCAGUCUAUGUAGGAUCACCGCUGAUAUCUCCUCGACCUCAUUUGUUAUCUGAAGAGUGAAAGUAAUUGUGCGUCGUUAGUCCACCUCCUCCCAGACACUUGAUUAGCACAGAGCACCAGGCACACCCGGCUAAUCCAAUCUGCGACAGCUGGUAUUAUUAAACCUGCGCUUCAUUUCAUUCUGUUCUUGAGACGGCCGACACAACGCAGGUCGGCAGCCCGCUGACUCAUGCAACGCGUUUUGGCAGACACAGACCAGCCAGGCUGUGAUUAAACAGGAUAAGGCCUGGGCCCAAAAUACAUAAAGUUUCUAGAUCUGACCUCGAUUUAACACCCAGGUCACAUGACUAAAUACAGCGUUCCCCAUUUCUUUCAGUUGAAAAGAAAAUUUGAAAGCGGAGGAUAUUUUUCCUAAUAAAUAAUAAACUAUAUUGUCAUUUCACAUGUAAGUGAUGUCCAGAACGUUUUUACAAUUUUGUCAUUAAAAUGUCUUUAGACAUUUGAAAUGGUAUGAAGAGUUGCAGGGACCUGGUCUCGGGCCAGAUCUUUUACCUCCCGGAGAGAAUCUCUUCUCGUGUAAAGAAUGGUAGACAGGCCAGAGCGUGCAAACAUUUUUCUAACUGUGGCUGUUUGAACCCAGAGCAAAUCAGUAACUCCGUGUGUCUCCGUCGUGCAACAAAUACACACAUUGUGUCCAGUAUUUAACCCAUCACACCAGUGAGGCGGUUAGUCAGGAAGCUAUAGCUGCCAUUGGCCAUGUUUGGAGCGUGUUAUGUUAUGUCACCAGGAUGGGACCUACCUGGAUGUGUUUUGUGACCACCUCUCUUCCCUUCUUUUUUAACCUUUAAUCCUAGUGACGGCUGUGUUGAUUUAUGAUGUCCACUGUUAUAUUCAGAACAGUAAAGAUGCAUGGGGAGUUUCAGCUGUUAGGAGCGUUGGAGCUCACAAACGUGUUGCUGUGUCCGUUGUGGUGUUUUUGUUAAAGUUCUCAAUGAUAUUUUAUACUUUUUCUACCUCUAAGGUUCACCACUGUAUAAAAGCUAGAACAGCCCAUUUUAAGCUUCUUUUAUUUUCCUUUUUUAUUCUGUGUGUGUUAAUAUGGGAAACUAUGUAGCUGUGUUCGACCAGCAAGUCUUUUAUUGUUGAUUUUUUAACUAGAUUUAAAUAUAUAAAUAUAUGCUAUUUAUAUUCUUAAAAAAUAUGUUAACUGCGUAUAACGUACGGACAAAGUCUGCUAGAGGAAUGUGUACACUAUCGGACCCGGCUUCCUUGUGAAUAUAAAUAUUUAUCUCAAAAUUGUGUGUAGAUUUGAAUGUGUCUAGAAGCUCUUUAAAAAGGUACAUUAGGGAGAAUCUAGGGCAUCCUCCCACCAACAAAGCCAAGUCAUUUACUUUUCAGACGUUAAUCUCCUGUAAUCGAAAGUGACGUAUGAUUGAAUCAAAACGUAUCACUUUUGCACAUUGUCACUACUUGUUACCACCAUAAUUGCUGCUACAAGCAGUUAGGAAAAUACAAGCACAACCUUUUUGUGUAGGACCAGUAAGCAAGGUCGACAGCAUUUCUGUAUUAUUUUUUGUUCUUUAUAGCCCACUAUGUUUGAUUGAAAACUGAUUUUAUUUUAUUGACAAUCUCCAUAUUUAUUGAUUUGGAUCAACUUUCUAAUUUUGUAACCAGCUUUUAGGAUUUGUUAAAGGAAUAGUCUGACAUUUUGACAAUGACUUAGAUGAGAUGAUUAGAUUGCAGCCGGUUAGCUUAGCUUCCUACAAAGACUGGAAACAGGGGGGAAACAGCUAGCCUGUUUCUAGCACACAACUCCCUGUAAAACAACUUUUUUUUACACUUCGGUUUUUGUACAGGUUACGCAAACAAGCUAUAAAAUGGUAGAGAGCUUUACAGGUGCUGCUAGGCAGAUCUUGUUACCUUUGAAAAGAGCCAGGCUAACUGUUUCCCCCUGUUUCCAGUCUUUAUGCUAAGUUAAGCUAGCCAGCUAUUGGCAGUAGCUACAAAUACUUCUUACAUGUAGCUACCGCAUUAGAGUGGUAUCCAUCUUCUCAUCUAAAUGUCGGGAAGAAAGCAAAUAAGUGUAUUUCCCCAAAAUGUCAAGCUAUUCCUUUAAACAUUGUGCGUACGCUUAGACGGCAGUUGGCUGUGAAAUUGGAGGUGUGUGGCCAAGAAUGUCAGAUUGAAUCAAAAAAAAUGUUGAAUGUUUUUUGUUUUGUUUUGUUUUGUAGCUUUUGUGUUACAGUUUCAUAUGUGGAGGAAUUGUUUUCCUUUACAGACUACAGCCUUGAGUUUCAUUUGAUUUUCUUAUUUCAUAGAAAAAGCAAUGUUGCCUUUAAAUUCUAUAAUGUCUUUUUUAUAGUGAUGUUUUUCUUUCUGCCAUCUGUGGAUUAAUUUGUCUGUGUGUUUGCAUGUUUAUAUUUUCUCUAAACCGUGUGGUUGGUUUUCCUGUCUUCAUUUGGGUUUCACACGAAGGGGUUCAGGAGUCCCGUCACUGACUGGCAGACUUAAAAUCAAUACAGCCCAUUCAUUUCAAAGGAUGACAUUUAUCCUUUUAGCACCUGUUCUCAAAAAAACUCCCUGAAAUGUGCUACUGACCAAAAUUACGACUAGACAGUGGGGGUUUUUUUUCCGUCUUUGCCAAUUCUUAAGUGCAUUUACAGGAAAGUGCACUUACUUUUUGAACAACCUUUAAAGGGAAACUUCAUCCUAAAACACAGCUCUUGAUGAUGAUGUUCUAUACAUGACUGGGCCAAUUUUGUUCUUGACUGUACUUUUGUGUUUGUUAUGUUGAAAUAUUACCUGCAUAGGUAUGAUGGAGUGGUUGAAGUAAUCAGCGGAUUUGGUUUUGGUCCCUCACAAUGAAAGAGGGUGGGCGUCGUUUUAGGGCUGCCAUUUUGUACUAGGAUUUAACAUACAAGAAAAAAAAAAUCCAUAAUAAGCAGAGAAAAUAUUUUCUUUUCUCACGGUAACAGAAAAAGGAACUGAAUGUACUUUGUUUCUUGACUGGCAAUUCAAUUUAGUUUCAUUAAACCAUGAAUUAAAACACUGUCAAAAAAGACCCCUGGAAAGAGUCUAACAUCACAAACCGAUCGUAUUUAAGCUUGUGAAAGUCUCUGAAAGGGAUUUUCUUCUUCAUUUUUCUUUCUCAUUUAUUUUUUCAUCCUGUUGUGUCACAGUUUUUCCUCUGUGCCAGUGGCAGCUAUAGAUAGGCAGCUUCAGAGCACCUUGCUGGUUAUUAACACAUCUGCAUUGGGUCACUGUUAGAGGCAUUCCAUCACCUUCCAUAGGCCACCAGCGAGCUGUUGUAGUAACGCAGCACUUCAACGCACCCAGCAUCCUAUUUAAACUACACACUCAAAGUAGACACUCACAAAAGUAGCGUGGCAUCGAUAUGUAGCUCAGUUGUGCUUUUGUACUUGCUUCUCCCCCUUCCUUCCUCUUCAAUAAAUGCAAACGGUGAAACACA